AUGGCAUCUCAGAAUUCCCACGAGUCGACCGUGCCACCACAGAACAUCUACAAGCGCACUGCCCUGUUUCGAGGUUUCCGUGGGCGCGCCUCUCCGCCACAGUUGUCUCCAGGGCGUGCCUCUCUGCCACAGACCCGUCACGAGGCGCCUCUCCUCCACAGACCCGUCACGAGGCGCCUCUCCGCCACAGUGUCUCCACGAGCGCGCCUCCGCCACAGUCCACAGAGUUCCGCCAAGGGUGCCGCUCAGAGUCCCCAAGAGAACUCAGCCCCGUUCAAAGGCAGCGAAGAGGUCGUUGUACUGCCGCCUGGCCGCGAAGAGGGCUCCCCCCCGGGAUCCACUGAAGGCGACGGCUCGCCCCCGGGCUCCACUGAAGGCGACAGCUCGCCCCCGGGCUCCACUGAAGGCGACAGCUCGCCCCCGGGCUCCACUGAAGGCGACGGCUCGCCCCCGGGCUCCACUGAAGGCGAAGGCUCGCCCCCGGGCUCCACUGAAGGCAAAGGCUUGCCCCCAAGUCCUCCUCAGGGCGACGGCUCGCCCCCAAGUCCUCCUCGGGCAAUGGCUCGCCCCAGGUUCCCUGCAGGUCCACGGCUCGCCCCAGGUUCCCCGCAGGGUGACGUCGGGCCUCCAGGCUCCCCACAGGGCGACGUCGGGCCUCCAGGUUCCCGCAGGGUGACAUCGGGCCCCAAGUCCUCUUCAGGUCGAUGGCUCGCCCCAGGUUCCCCGCAGGUCCACGGCUCGCUCCCAGGUUCCCGCAGGGCGACGCCGGGCCUCCAGGCUCCCCGCAGGGUGACGCGGGCCUCCAGGUUCCCGUGGGGUGACGUCGGGCCUCGGGUUCCCCGCAGGGUGACGUCGGGCCUCCGGGUUCCCCGCAGGGCAAAGUCGAGCCUCCAGGUUCCCCGCAGGGUGACGUCGGGCCUCCGGGUUCCGCCCGAUGGUGCCGCUCAGCCACAGAGUUCCGCCGAGGUGCCGCUCAGCCACAGAGUUCCGCCAAGGGUGCCGCUCAGAGUCCCCAAGAGAACUCAGCCCCGUUCAAAGGCAGCGAAGAGGUCGUUGCGACGGCUCGCCCCGGGCUCCACUGAAGGCGACGGCUCGCCCCCAGGCUCCACUGAAGGCGACAGCUCGCCCCCGGGCUCCACUGAAGGCAAAGGCUCGCCCCCGGGCUCCACUGAAGGCGAAGGCUCGCCCCCGGGCUCCACUGAAGGCAAAGGCUUGCCCCCAAGUCCUCCUCAGGGCGACGGCUCGCCCCCAAGUCCUCCUCGGGGCAAUGGCUCGCCCCCAGGUUCCCUGCAGGCCCACGGCUCGCCCCCAGGUUUCCCGCAGGUUGACGGCUCGCCUCCAGGCUCCCCACAGGGCGACGUCGGGCCUCCAGGUUCCCCGCAGGGUGACAUCGGGCCCCCAAGUCCUCUUCAGGUCGAUGGCUCGCCCCCAGGUUCCCCGCAGGUCCACGGCUCGCUCCCAGGUUCCCCGCAGGGCGACGUCGGGCCUCCAGGCUCCCCGCAGGGUGACGGUGACGUCGGGCCUCCGGGUUCCCCGCAGGGCGAAGUCGGGCCUCUGGGUUCCUCCGAGGGCGAAGUCGGGCCUCCGGGUUCCCCGCAGGGCAAAGUCGAGCCUCCAGGUUCCCCGCAUGACGACGUCGGGCCUCCAGGCUCCCCGCAGGGUGACGCCGGGCCUCCAGGCUCCCCGCAUGACGACGUCGGCCCUCCAGGUCCCUCUGACGACGGCAAAGCUCUCCAGAGGCCCUCCGAGGGUGUCGUUACGGUCCAACGUCCUGCCGAAGACGCCGAUCGGCCUCCGGCCUUUGUUGUGGACAGCAUACGGUUCCGGUUUCAUGCUGUGGAGGUCACGCCACCGCUGGUCUCCGCCAAGAGCUUUGCUCAGCCUCCGGUCCUGUCGAGGGCCAUUGUCCCAUUCCUAAUCCCAUGCCGCUUCGCCUUGGGCCCCUUUCGGUCUUCCCCUGUUCCACGGCGGUGCUCACGGGGCCUCUUUUGA